UGUGAGCGGGCUGGGGCGGGGCGGGGUGGGGCGGUGGGCUGUCCCCAGCCGGCCUCCCGGAUGCGGCCGGCCGCUAUAAGGCCAGCGGGACUGCGACACAGCCCGCCCCGCUCGCUGCUCCCAUCUUGCUCCGCUGCCUCGAUCUUGCUCUAGGUCCAGCCCCCAGUCAUGGCGUGCCCCCUGGAUCAGGCCAUUGGUCUGCUCGUGGCCAUCUUCCACAAGUACUCGGGCAGGGAGGGUGACAAGAGCACCCUGAGCAAGAAGGAGCUCAAGGAACUGAUCCAGAAGGAGCUCUCCAUCGGCGCCAAGCUGCAGGAUGCUGAAAUUUCAAGGCUGAUGGAAGACCUGGACCGGAACAAGGACCAGGAGGUGAACUUCCAGGAGUAUGUCACCUUCCUAGGGGCCUUGGCUUUGAUCUACAAUGAUGCCCUCAAGGACUACAAAUAAAUUGGGAAGGUGGAGAUGCCCUCUGGGGGCUUGUCUGAGUCCAAUCCAGUGGUGGGUAAUUGCACAAUAAAUUUUUUUUGUUGUUGUUAUUGUUGAAUCUA